CUAAACAUAUGUCUAAAUGUUUACUUAUUUUUGAUGAAAACGAACAAGUUUUACCAGAAAGUAAAUUUUUAGCUAAAAAAAUAUCAUUUAAAAAUAUCAACUUUUGCAAUGUUUCAAACCAAAGUAAACAAAACAAAAUUAUUUCUAAUAUUGAUUUAAAUGAUACAUCUACUGGUUCUUCAGAUUUAGUUAAGACAGAUUAUAUUUCUAGUAAUUUAGCUGAUAUGUUAUUUGAA